AUGAUGCCGGGACCAGCGUUGGUGUGCCUCUUUCUGAUGUGGGUGGGAAGCUGCAGCUCUCACAGCCUGUUUACUUGUGAGCCCAUCAAGGUGCAUCGAUGCAUGGGGAUGCCAUACAACAUGACUUUCUUUCCCAACAUGAUGGAACACUAUGAUCAGGACAUUGCGGCCAGUAAAAUGGAGCCGUUCAUGCCCCUGGCAAACCUGCGCUGUUCUCCCGACGUCCACCACUUCCUGUGCCAGGCUUUCAUCCCCGCGUGCACCGAGGAGAACAAGGUCAUCCGUCCGUGCAGAGAGACCUGUGAGGCCGUGCUGUCCGACUGCGAGGAGGACAUCAGCAUCUUUGGUGUCACCUGGCCUGCUGAGUUACAGUGCGACAAGCUGGACCCAUGCUCCCUCGACGGUUCUGUGCUUCUUGCGACCACCCCCGCCACCUCCUCAUCGCCUAAGAGAGACCUGGGCUUCUGGUGCCCGCUGCAGCUGAAGACUAAGCCGGGCCAGGGCUCCUCGUUCCUCGGCGCUCAGGACUGCGCCCCUCCCUGCUCGAACAUGUACUUCAAACCGCACGACAUCGAGUUCGCCAAGAGCUUCGUGGGCGUGUGCUCCGUGGUCUGCCUGGCCGCCACCCUCUUCACCUUCCUCACCUUCCUCAUCGACGUCAAGCGCUUCCGCUACCCGGAGCGGCCCAUCAUCUUCUACGCCGUCUGCUACAGCUUCGUGUCGCUCAUGUACUUCGUGGGCUUCCUGCUGGGGAACAGCGCCGCCUGCGCCAAAGCCCACCACCCGGCGGGCAUGGACACCGUGGUGCUGGGCUCCCAGAGCAAAGGCUGCACCCUGCUGUUCAUGCUGCUCUACUUCUUCUCCAUGGCGGGCAUCGUCUGGUGGGUCAUACUCACCAUCACCUGGUUUCUGGCGGCGGGGCCCAAAUGGAGCUGCGAGGCCAUCGAGAAGAAGGCGGUGUGGUUUCACUCGGCCGCCUGGGGGAUCCCCGGGGCCCUGACUGUCACGCUGCUGGCUCUCAACAAAGUGGAAGGGGACAACAUUAGCGGGGUUUGCUUUGUGGGGCUCUACGACCUGGACGCCCUGCGGUACUUCGUCCUGGCUCCGCUGUGCGUCGGCGUUAUCGUGGGCCUCUUCCUCAUCCUGGCAGGCAUCGUCUCCCUCAACCACGUCCGGCAGGUCAUCCAGCACGACGAGCGCAACCAGGAGAAGCUGAAGAAGUUCAUGAUCCGCAUCGGCGUGUUCAGCGGCCUCUACCUGGUGCCGCUGGUUACCCUGCUAGCAUGCUACACUUACGAGCAGAGCCACCGCAGCGUCUGGGAGCACACCUGGAUCAAUGACCGCUGUCAGGAGUACAGCAUCCCCUGCUCCCACAAGCCCACAGAGCCAGACCGUCCCGACCUCUCUCUGUUCCUUGUGAAAUACUUGAUGACGCUGGUGGUGGGGAUAUCUGCAGUCUUCUGGGUCGGCAGCAAAAAGACCUGCUCCGAGUGGGCCUACUUCUUCAACAGGACCCGGAAAAGAGACCCCAUCAGCGAGAGCCGGCGGGUGCUGCAGGAGUCCUGCGAGUUUUUCCUGAAGCACAACAGCCGCGUCCAGCACAAAAAGAAACACCACAAGCCCAGCUCCCACAAGCUCAAAGUCAUCUCCAAAUCUAUGGGCACCAGCACGGGAGCCGGGGGCCCCGCCAGCGCCACGGGCACCAGCAACAACGAGUCCGACGCCUCGGCCAGGGAGCACCUGGACCGAGGCACGUCCAGCAGAAGCUCCAGGAGAGGGGAGAGAGAGCGGGAGAGGGAGGGGGCGGAGAGAAGGAGCAAAGGGGGGGGCUCCAGUAAGAUAAGCAGCCGAUCGGAGAGCAUGCACCGAGUUGGAGAUGGGAGGUGA